AUGUGCUACGGCCUGGAACUAUGGGGAACAGCAGCAGAAUGGCACCGCGUCUUCGUCCUACAGAAACGUGCGGAAAACCCUGACUGUUUGAGUUCCGAAUUGUUUAAUUGUAUUAAAAAGGAAGUUGAUGCCUGUUUCAUACAGAAAAAGGUGCAAGGCAAGGCCAAGACUAAAUUUAGCGACUGGGCUACACCGGAUAUUCACGAGAAAAGACGCCGGCUCUACGACUUAUAUGAUUUAAAGGCAACUGAUAAAAGACCGGAAUUUCUGGAGUUUAACACCCACACUGGUGACCACGACAACAAGAACAUGGCUAACCUAAAUGGUGAUAAUUCCGUCAAGAUGCCUCCCGAAAACGACGCCGAAACUAACGCGCAACCGCAAGCGGACGGCCUAGCACCCGUCCUGCUUCCACCAACGCAGCAGAUAACCGUACCUGUCUCGCUCCCACCUGCGCAGCAGAACACUGCGCCCGCCUCGCUCCCGCUCAGCGCCCGGCCAAGUGCGCAGCUGGCCGGCGCUUCAACGACCCAGGUGAACAACACCGAAGCUGAAUUUUCUCAACUUACGCAGGCAAGUUUAUUCCGAAUUGGAAUUAAAGUACCAGCGUUCUGGGCGGAUAACCCUGCGGUGUGGUUUGCGCAACUAGAGGCUCAGUUCGAUCUCGCACGUAUCACAUCCGACUCCACAAAAUUUUACCACGCUAUGGCGCAACUAGAACGUGAAAUCGCUGCAGAAGUAGAGGACAUUAUUAUCAACCCACCGAAGGAAAAUAAAUAUCUUACGCUGAAAACAGAGUUGAUACGUAGACUGUCCGUGUCACAACAACAGAAAGAGAAGCAGCUUCUGAUGCAUGAGGAGUUGGGUAGUAGAAAACCAUCUCAGUUUCUUCGCCACCUGAUUCACCUCGCUGGCCCAACUAAAUUACCAGAAAAUUUCAUACGCACUGUUUGGUCCAGCAGGCUCCCACUCCACUUACAAACUGUAGUAGCUCAACACCCAGAUAUUCCUCUGGCAAAGUUGUCAGAAUUAGCAGAUCACAUUCAUGAGAUUGCCUCGCCUAGCCCUCGCAUUGCGGAAGUGUCACCCACAGCUGCUCAAUUGCAACCGCACUUACCCGGCGCUACGCCUUCAACGUUAUCAGCGCACAACCCCUACUCUACGCCGCACCCGACGUCGCCUCUAGAGACGAUGUCCUUGCAGAUCGCUGAACUCACCCGACAGAUGGCAGCACUCACCAGUCACGUGUAUGAAGUUCGCUCUCGCUCCCAGACCAGGUCAUCCCGUCGAAGCAAUAGUCGUUCGCGUUCCAAGUCCGGGGCACGCUCACAAGUGCGCGACGAUGUCAGAGGUCGUCGAUCCAAAACCGACUUCCAGUUAUACGCCGCAAACGGUUCUAUCAUCGCAACAUACGGAUAUGCUCACCUGGAGCUGGACCUAGGCCUGCGACGUUGCUACCGCUGGCGAUUCAUUGUUGCGGACGUCACUAAAGCCAUAAUCGGAGUCGAUUUUCUGUCCCACUACAACCUCCUCGUCGACUGCACCAACAAGCGCCUCAUAGACUGCCUAACGUCGCUGCAUUCCCCAGCGAAACCCGUUCCAUCAUCAAAUACGAUAGCCUCAAUCAAGACUAUCAUUGGAGAAUCAAAAUACUACGAUAUUUUACGCGACUUCCCUGACGUCACUCGCCCGGCCGGCACCCAUCGUCAGUUGAACCACGGCACCGUUCAUCACAUACGUACAACACCCGGUCCGCCAGUCGUCAGCCCACCUCGUCGUCUAGCGCCAGACAAGCUGAAGAUAGCGAAAGCGGAAUUUCAGUCGAUGCUCGAAAGUGGAACAGCUCGACCUUCUGAAAGCCCAUGGUCUUCACCCUUACACCUCGCGCCGAAGAAAGAUAACGGAUGGCGUCCAUGCGGUGACUAUCGAAUGCUCAAUGCCCGCACCAUACCCGAUUGCUACCCCAUCCGUCACAUACAUGACUUUACACAGAACAUCACAGGCUGUAAAGUAUUCUCCACCAUCGAUCUCGUAAAAGCCUAUAACCAAAUCCCAGUCAACGAAGACGACAUCCCAAAAACUGCCAUUACUACGCCAUUUGGUAUGUACGAGUUCCCCUUCAUGACCUUCGGACUUCGAAACGCUGGUCAGACUUUCCAGAGGUUCGUCGACGAGAUGACGCGAGGACUAGACUUCUGCUACACAUACCUGGACGAUUUCCUGGUGUACUCUACGUGCCAUGAAGAGCAUGAAGACCACCUUCGCCAGUUGUUCUCCAGACUCCAGCAAUACGGUAUGGUUAUAAAUACAUCAAAAUGUGUCUUCGGGAAGUCGCAAGUUACUUUCCUCGGCUACAGUAUUUCGGCAGACGGUAUCAAACCUCUAGAAACAAAGGUUCAGGCCAUUAAGGAUUACCCUGUACCCAAGACGGUAAAGGAGCUUAGAAGAUUUUUGGGCAUGCUUAAUUUUUACCGCCGUUUCAUCCCACAUGCAGCCAAACUCCAAGCGCCGCUUAACGCUUUCUUGACUGGCUCCGUGAAAGGCUCACACCCCGUGGACAUAUCGGGUGAUGCACUCAUAGCAUUUGAGGACUGCAAGCAAAGCGUAUGCGAUGCAGCACUCCUAGCACACCCAGACUGCAAUGUUGAGCUCUCUUUAGUCACAGAUGCGUCUGACACAUCGAUCGGCGCAGCCAUACAUCAAUACAAAAACGGAGCAUGGCAGCCUCUGGCAUUUUUUUUCGCGCAAAUUAACUACAGCACAACAAAAAUAUUCUCCUUAUGA